AUUCUAGAAUAAUCCUUGUGGUCUUAUGGCAAUUCAAAAUGAGGUAUUCGAAGAAUAUUGUGUUGUUUUCGUUGUUCGCGAUGAACUUGGUGGACCAGCCAGCGCCGGAGAUCGAGAUUGGUCAAGGUAGAUUGAGUGGGAAGGUCAGCGAUGACGGUUCAUACUUCGAGUACGUCGGCAUACCGUAUGCGACGACCAAUCAGAGCACCAGGUUUCAAGCACCUGGACCGCCACCAUCAUGGAAGGGUACCUUCAAAGCCACAGACCACAUAUACAUGUGCCCACAGAACUCCAAGUGGGGUAGAGUCGGCAGAGAGGACUGUCUGACGAUAAACGUCUAUGUCCCCACCAUGCCCCAGCAGCGCCCUCUGCCCGUCAUGGUCUUCAUCCACGGCGGAGCCUUCGCUCUAGGCAGCGGAGGAAAGUUCAUUUACGGGCCAGAUUAUCUAGUCAAACAUGAUGUGAUCAUAGUUACUUUCAACUACAGAUUAGGCGCACUAGGCUUCAUGUGUCUAAAUAUAAAAGAAGCGCCAGGAAACGCUGGCCUGAAGGACCAGCUUGCGGCUUUGAGGUGGGUAAAGAAAAACAUAGCUGCGUUCGGCGGCGAUCCUGAGAAUGUGACUGCUUUUGGCGAAAGCGCUGGAGCUACUUCGCUGUCUAUGCUUGUAGCUAGCGACGCAGCCAAUGGCCUGUUCCAGAGGGCUAUCAUACAGAGCGGAUCGUCUAUAGCCAACUGGGCAGUCAACAGGAAACCCGUGUGGGUGUACAGCCUUAUUGCGAAACAGCUGGGCUAUGAUACAGAAGACCCGCACGAGCUCUACAAUAUAUUUAAAGACCUUCCCGUGGCAGACUUCCUCAGGACGAGACCGAAGAAACCUUUGGACAAGUUCUUCGACACGCAACUAUUGCAUUUACCGUGCGUCGAAAAACCUUUUCCUGGCGUAGAGCCUAUUAUAACAGAUUUGCCGUAUAAUAUUCUUGAAAAGAAGAAACUGAAUAUAUCUGUCAUUUAUGGAUCGAAUAGUAAAGAAGGUUUAUUUCUAAUUAGUGAAGAGAGUACGCCCGAAUCUGUCAAUGAAAGGAACGGCCGUUAUUUAUUCGCUUCUGAUUUAGAAUUUAAAACAGAACUGGAAGCUGAAGAUGCAGCGAAAGAAGUAAAAGAAUUUUACUUCGGAGAGGAGACUAUUGAUAUGUCGAAAAUACUGAACAUGUCGGGUCUUUAUACUCAUUUGUACUUUGAAAUGCCUUUGUUGAUAGAAAGCGAGGCGUUGAUCAAAAAUACAGACAAACCGAUUUAUAAUUACUACUUCGACUAUGGGGGCAGCAGAAACGCUCUGAAAGUCGUAUCAGGUUAUCGGAACUCUGAUGGGGCUUGCCAUGCCGAUGACUUGUUCUAUUUAUUCAAACCAGACUUUUGGCCAAAUUUCGUGGAGAUCUGGAAUAAAAAGGAUACACAAAUAAUAGAUACCAUGACUAAAUUGUGGACCAAUUUCGCUAAAUAUGGAAAUCCAACGCCAGAAUCCGCCACGGAUCUACCACGAUGGUCCCCCAGCUCUCGAGAGGGGUUGAAACUGAUCCAUAUAGGGGAAGAGGUCGAAAUGGGCCCAGUACCCAACCCGGAGGCCUACGAAAUGUGGAGGCGGGUGUUUACGACCCACCGACGAAAGACGGUAUAGGUAGCCAAUAGAUUAGUAAAUUAUUUAUUUUUA